AUGAGCGACCACCGACAACAUGAUGAGGAGGCGCGAGCCUCCCAGCCAAGCUUGUAUAGGCUCACCUCCAACCAGAGCAUGUCGAGCAUCUUUGAGGAAGUAGAAAUGGCACAUGAGGAGUUGUACUCGGGACCAGUUGCCGAAAGCCUACCCACGAGCGUGUCUGCCUUCUCGCAUCGCCGCCACCGCGCAGAUUCUACGACUAGUUUCACGUACUACGAAGAGGGGCCCCAGGAUGAUGCGCACUCGGAGAACUCGGACGAGGCUGACUAUGUCGGCGAUCGCGAUGAAUACAGCCGGAGACCAAGCAUUGGCAGUGACCUUGACGACAUAGACUUCGCUGUCGUCAACGAUGAAGAUUCUGCAGAUCGCCAAUACAUCGCCUCCGAUGAUGACUAUCUCAUGCGGCGACGCUCGUCUACACAUUCGCGGCUAUCAGUUCACGCUCGCUUGCUCAGGCGGGAUAGUACUACUACCGCAGGAAGCGCUCGACAAAGCGGAAGAACAAGCCAAAAAGUCUACAUGGCCAAUGAGGACCUUACAAUCGCUAUUGCAGGGUUCUCUACAAGCUAUUCGGGUCUUGCUAUCUAUAUUCUUCUGUGCUUUCUGAGUGGCGGCAUUGCUUUUCUUGUGCUGCGAUGGCUUCCACGCUGGUAUGUCGCUGUCCUGGGACGAGCCACGGCGCUCCAAAGCUGCGAUUGGGUAGUCAUCGAGAAUCAGUGGGGUGAACUUGCAAUUCUCGAUGUCAGGUCGCAAGACUAUGGCCGGCCGGUGUCUUCAGUUUUUGGCGCGUCUGAGAAGCUCCUGUCGUACGGCUUAGAUGAUGAGAAUGACCCCCUGCUGGACGAUCUUCGAACCCUUGAGUAUCGUUAUGUUCGAUUCUUUUAUCACCCGAUCAAGGAUAGAUUUAUUCUGUCUUCAGGAUGGAAAGAUCCAGAUUGGACGGAUGUGCGCCUAGUGCGAUCAGGAUUAGACAGCGAUGAAAAGAUGAUGCGAGAGCAGAUUUUUGGCCCCAACCUCAUUGACAUUGAGCAAAAGUCUGCCAGUCAACUCUUGGUUGAUGAAGUUCUACAUCCGUUCUACAUUUUCCAGAUUGCCAGCUUAGUGCUUUGGUCUUUAGAUUCAUACUAUUACUACGCUGCAUGCAUUUUUGUCAUGUCGGUUGGAAGUAUAGCGGCAACACUUGUCGAGACCAGAGCGACUAUGAAGAGACUGAGGGAAAUCUCGCGUUUUGAAUGCGACGUCCGUGUACUGCGUAACGGAUUUUGGAAGUAUGUCACAUCCAGCGACUUGGUACCUGGCGAUGUGUAUGAGCUUAGCGACCCGAAUCUCUCGCAAUUUCCUAGCGACAGCUUGCUUCUCAGUGGAGAUUGUAUCGUCAAUGAGAGCAUGCUAACAGGUGAAUCUAACAUUCACUCGUAUGCAGACCGUGGACUAAUGAUGGAGCAAGGCGAGUCCGUGCCCGUAUCGAAACUGCCGGCAAUUGACCAGACUUUGCAUGAGAUGAAUCUUUCAGCAUCAUCUGUUUCGCCUGAAACUGCACGACAUUUCCUGUAUUGUGGCACCAAGAUUGUGCGCGCCCGACGACCUCAGGAAGACCUGGACGGCGACGCUGUGGCGCUCGCGCUGGUUGUUCGCACGGGUUUCAAUACAACGAAAGGGGCACUCGUUCGCUCCAUGCUAUUUCCUAAACCAUCCGGAUUCAAAUUCUAUCGCGACUCAUUCCGGUACAUCAGCGUGAUGGCAGGAAUUGCUCUGAUCGGUUUCACAGCGUCAUUCAUUAAUUUCAUCCAUUUGAAACUGGCAUGGCAUUUAAUUAUUGUCAGAGCACUGGAUCUGAUAACUAUUGUUGUGCCACCAGCGCUGCCAGCGACGUUGACCAUUGGCACAAACUUUGCACUAUCUCGGCUAAAGGGAAAGCAAAUCUUCUGCAUUAGCCCUCAGCGAGUCAACGUGGGAGGGAAGCUUGAUGUCAUGUGCUUUGACAAGACAGGAACGCUUACUGAGGACGGCCUCGAUGUGCUCGGUGUACGAAUUGUCUCCGAAGAAACGGGCGUGUUUGGCGAUGUUUUGAAGGACUCCAGCUCCUUUGGGUCUAUGACUGCAUCGGAAUCGCAUCCUAAUCUACUACAGGCCGCCAUGUAUACCAUGGCAACAUGCCAUUCGUUGCGAUCAGUCGAUGAGGCACUUGUCGGUGACCCGCUUGACCUGAAAAUGUUCGAAUUUACAAAUUGGUCGUUCGAAGAAGGGACACAAUCCACUGGGGACGGGGAAGAUGAUGAGAGUGGCCUUGCCCCAUCUACAGCUAAGCCGCCUGGCGGUCAAUUGGAACUUGGAGUUCUGAAAUCUUUUGAAUUUGUCUCGCAACUGCGGCGAGCCAGCGUAGUUGUGCGGCAAUUCGGCAAGAAAAGUGGUAAUAUUUUCGUCAAGGGUGCGCCAGAGGCGAUGCGCGAGAUCUGCGACCCUGAAAGUUUCCCCGUUGAUUAUGAAGAACAACUGGCGCACUACACGCACAAAGGCUAUCGUGUAAUCGGAUGUGCUACGCGCCAUCUGAAAAAGCUCAGCUGGAUCAAAGCCCAAAAGAUGACACGAGAAGAGGUCGAGAGUGGCUUGCGCUUCGUUGGCUUUGUCAUCUUCGAGAACAAGCUGAAGCCUAGCACAGCCCCAGUGUUGAAAGAGCUGAUUGACUCGAACAUUAGAGCGGUGAUGGUUACUGGCGACAACAUCUUGACAGCAAUCAGCGUUGCGAGAGAAUGUGGCCUGUUAGAGAAACACGCCCAUUGUUUCGUGCCCCGCUUCAUCGAAGGCGACUUCCAAGAUCCAACCGCCAAACUGCAGUGGGAAAGCAUCGAUGGCAGCGCAUAUGCACUCGACAGUGCAACCUUGCUGCCCCAACCCGUGUUUCCCGUAGCUGAUCUCUCGCUCCCUUACGACAUAUCCAACUUUCGCAAUUACUCAAUAGCCGUCAGCGGUGAUGUUUUCCGCUGGAUUGUGGACUAUGCGCACCCACAAGUACUUCGCCGGAUGCUUGUUCUUGGAAGUGUAUUCGCUCGAAUGUCGCCUGAUGAGAAGCACGAGCUUGUCGAAAAACUUCAAAGUAUCGACUAUUCCUGCGGCUUCUGCGGCGACGGCGCGAAUGACUGCGGAGCCUUGAAGGCGGCAGAUGUUGGAAUUUCCUUGUCAGAAGCCGAAGCAUCAGUCGCAGCUCCCUUCACGUCUAGAGUAUUCGAUAUUCGCUGCGUCUUGGAAGUGAUAAGGGAAGGUCGCGCAGCUCUCGUUACCAGUUUCAGCUGCUUCAAAUACAUGAGCUUGUACUCGGCGAUUCAAUUCACGUCCGUGAGCUUCCUGUACGCGAAAGCUUCGAAUCUCGGCGACUUUCAAUUCUUGUUCAUUGAUUUGCUUCUGAUUCUACCUAUUGCCAUCUUCAUGGGCUGGGCAGGCCCUGCUCGGAUUCUAUACACGAAACGCCCAAUAUCCGGACUGGUUUCCCGAAAAGUGCUCACACCUCUCCUGGGACUCAUGGCAAUCUGCAUUGCAGUGCAGGCCAUAGCGUACAUCACCGUUCGGGAGCAAAUUUGGUACAUCCCACCAGUAGUGGGGCACGAUGAGUCUGACAUUAAAAACUCGGAGAACACCGCGCUGUUCCUGACGUCUUGUUUCGAAUACGUGUUUUCUGGUGUGAUCCUAAAUGCAGGCCCUCCGUUCAGAGAAAGCACCGCAAGCAACUGGCCAUUCCUCACCACAAUCUUUCUGUCACUUGUGAUGACACUCUUCAUGAUAACUGGCUCCUCUAAGUGGCUUCAAAAGCUUAUGGAGCUCACCAAGAUGCCGUGGGAUUAUAAGCUAUUCUUGGUUGGACUGGGUUGUCUAUAUCUCGGAGUUGCUUGGACUUUUGAGAAAUACGCCGCCACCCCACUGUCAAAGCUUCUCGGAAAGGUCAGGCUUGCCGCUACAGGAAAGCAGAAACAGAGGAAGCAAUAUAAGCAGAUAGGGGAAGAACUGCGUCUUGAGAUGAUGCGAUUUCUUGCGACUUGGUCGGACUUGGUGACGAGCGUGCUGUUUUCGAAAGGACUGCGAAGACAUCCGAUCGCCGCCGGUUAG